AUGCCGUCGCCGAACAUCCUCCCGCCGAACCCGUCGCUCGUCGCCAUCCUCCUCGUGAUCAAGUCGCUCUCGGGCCCGCGCCUGGUCUUCCACUACCCGCCGCAUCCCGUAGGACCCGCCAACGCGACACCGCAACACCCGCAAUGGUACGGCACAUCCGGCUCAACGCUGACCGACGAUGACGACGAUUCGACGAGCAGCACGACCAGCAGCGGCUGGAGCUCCGAAGGCGGCGAUAGCGACGCCGCCGGGUCGGACGAGGCGUCCGAGGCUGAGGGCGCGAGCAGGGCAGGGAGCAGAGGCACGAGUAAGGGUACGAGCAGAGGAACGGGCCUGAGGGACGGGCGGAGCAGAGGACAGAGGAGCUUGAGGUCGGCAAGUGAAGAUGUUACGGAAGAAAUUGGCGAUGAUGAUGAUACGGGUCUGAGGGAUGAGGAGGGAAGGGGAGGUGCUGGAGGGUCGGGUCCGCCGGGGAAGAAAGGUGGCAUUAGUGCGCAAGAAGAUGGAGGUCCCGAAUGGGAGAGCGUGAUGGGAUUCAAGACUGAAGGAUUGGAGAAAUUGCUCUGCCCUGGCAAAUCGUUCAACAAGAGAAAGUUCGAGGUGGGGAUGGAGGGACUCAGCUUCUUAGGCCAUCCUAUGUUUGCGAAGGGGAACGGUGCGUGGAGGAAAAGGAGAAGGAGCGAGAAAAAGCGCGAGGCUGCCAAUCAAGAGGAACUGCGGGACAAUGGCAAUGGCCAGGAAUCGGAUGGUCAUGAGAGUGCGCUGGCCGACGAUGAAGAUGAAGGCGUCGACGUGACUGGCCCUGAAGACGCAUUGGAGUACCAGCUCCGGACCGGCGAGAUGUAUGAUAACGUCAUUCGCAAGUUUGCGAAGGACCUUAAAUAUGAGCAGGCUAAGACCAAUUAUGUAUGGAGAGAAUCGAAGAUCAUUCUCAACCUGAAGAAUAAGGCGAAAGAGAACAGAGAACCUAUGUCCAUGCUUUGGCACAGCAUCAUCUCAUCGUCGCCCUUAGCAAAGGCCAUCGCCAUCAUUUACGAUGCCAUCUCCAAUAACAAGAUUGCACAUAUCAAUCUUGCGACAUUGGCUGACGCCUCAUAUCAAAUACCUCAGGCUCCUUCUACCCCUUAUAUACCUCGACCAACGGAACCGCAGAUGCCAGGACUAUGGCUAACGACUGCAAAUCUCCCAGAUGAGAACACCGAAGCGGACCCUGCUUUUACCGUUGCACUCACGCCGCAUUCUGCUCUUUUGCUGUUAGAAGAUAAAGAGACUCUUCUCAAGGAAAUCGAAGGGGAUGCUAAAGAACACUCCGCACAACUGGCCUUCUACAUCAGCAACCUGGAACCCACAAGGUCACUUCACAAACUCGCGCUUCAGAACAAGAUCCCCGUAGCUGAUCUAGAGUUCAUCGCGGCACACCUCAUCUACUGGCGCCGGGCGCGAGCCAUCCCGCCACUUCACCACAGGGACAUCUACAUCGUCUCUCCUAACGCUGACAUGCGGAAACUGCCCCAGGCCAUUCCAGCAUAUGCGGCACGCUUUCCCACGCUCCCUUCGCUUCCCAAGAUGCUCAGUUUCCUUUCAAACCAGUCACCACGGACGUACGGCACCAUAAUACCCAGUAAAGACCACCGUAUUGCGUACAUGGAUAUCCUUGCUUGGCUGAUGCGCGGUGGCUGGGUGACCCAACUCCGUACCUUUGCCUGGAUCCGUGUCUCUCCCGAGGUCCAAGCUGAGGUUGCAACCAUCAUGGAGCGCGAAGCCAAGGAAGCCGCGCGAGCUGCCAUGCAGGCAGCACGGGAGAGGCAUGCCGCGCUUGAGCUGCACUCGGACGACGGCUCCGACCGCGCCACCAUAGCCAGCGACGACGUGCCUUCGACACCGAUACACAGCUACCGCCGCGAAGAGCGCUCUCCGCGGUCGGACACGGCGUCGGACGGCGGAUACAGCUCGCGGACUCAAUUACGCGCGUCGUCGACGACCAGCAACCCGGGCGGCUCCUCGAGCCUGACGACCAGCCCGACGGCACACCGCAACUCACCGCUGUACGCCUCGGCGCUGCACGUCUCUCACUCAGCCACAUCGCUGACGGGGCUCAGCACCGUCUCGUCCAACGCGUCGUCGGGCAUGCCGCACGGCACCCCCAACACGCCCCAGCGCACGGCCAACUCGCUCCGCCACCACCUGCACCACCCACACCACCUGAACGGCGGCAGCGGUGGCGCCGGCGGCCCCGGCGCUAGCGCCUCUCAGCUCCAUCACCACCACGGCGGCGCCGCGCUCGGUGGGUCGCACAUGCACCACCACGCCGGUCAUGGCCACGCGGCGUCGAAGGACCCGGCUGACUACGCACCCCGCAUGAUAUACAGCCCGCAGCGUGCGAAUGCGCUAGAGGCUCGGUGGAUCGAGCAUAUCAGGAGCAGCUUCGUCAGCGACGAGGGCGUCGAGAAGGAGGUCAGAGACUUGUGGCCGGCGUUACUGAAGUAUUUUGACGGGAGGCAUGCGCUGGAUGAUAUUGCGGGGAGAGAAGGGAUAAAGAGGAAAAGGGUGUGGAGCGUGCUGGGCGUGUUGAGGGAGAGAAACGUGCUGUAUUUCGUGAGACAUUGGUAG